CCCGCCUGCCCGCCCCCAUGCCUGCCUCCCAGAGCUCGCUGCUCCCCACACCAGCAGCCCGGACUGUCCCGGACGGACGGCGUGUCAGCCGGCCACCACCAGCCAUGGCGGGGCUCCGGGAGCUCCUGCUGCUCUGCCUCCUGGCCAUCUGCCUGGUGGGCUCCGGCUUCGUCAGGUGUCAGAAGGUGCAGUCCAAACGCUGCGACACAAAGACCAAAUUCAUCACCCACACACCCUGCACCCCAUGCACCGUCAGGAGGCGCUUUUGUCCCCUGGGCUGGAACCGGGUGCUGCCGGAGAAGACACCCCAGGACUGCCGCUACGAGGUGCAGCUGGGGGACGCUCCACUGUCCAUGAGUGGCUGCAGCACAGAGUGCUGGAAGGACGUGGUGCAGAAGGCCUGCUGCCCCGGCUACUGGGGAUCCGAAUGCUAUGAGUGCCCCGGGGGAGCUGAGAACCCAUGCAAUGGCCACGGGACCUGCCUCGAUGGCCUGGCCAGGAAUGGGACCUGCGUGUGCCAGGAAAACUUCAGUGGCUCUGCCUGCCAGGAGUGCCGGGACCCAGACCACUUCGGGCCUGACUGCCAGGCAGUGUGCAGCUGCGUGCACGGUGUGUGCAGCCAUGGGCCACUCGGGGAUGGAAGCUGCCUGUGCUUUGCUGGGUACACCGGACCCCGCUGUGAUCAAGAGCUGCCUGUCUGCCAGGCCCUGCACUGUCCCAGGAACUCCCACUGCUCCGCAGAGGCCCCCGCCUGCAGCUGCCUGCCUGGCCACACCCUGCGGGGCAGCGAAUGCCGAGCCCCUGACCCCUGCCAGCCCUCACCCUGUGCCCCACUGGCCCAGUGCUCAGUGAGCCCCAAGGGGCAGGCAGAGUGUCGCUGUCCUGAGGGCUACCAGGGCGAUGGGACGGUGUGUCUGCCCUGGGACCCGUGUACUGCCAACCACGGUGGCUGCCCCAGCAACUCCACCUUGUGUCUGUACCAGCGGCCAGGAAAGGCCUCCUGCUCCUGCAAGCCCGGCCUGGUCAGUGCCAACCACAACGCCUCUGCUGGCUGCUUCGGCUACUGCUUCCCUCACUCCUGUGACCGGUCAGCCACCUGCCAGGUGACCCCUGAUGGGAAGACCAGCUGUGUGUGCAAGGAUGGUGAGGUGGGGGAUGGGCGUGCCUGCUAUGGGCACCUGCUCCACGAACUGCAGAAGUCCAGCCAGACGGGCCUGAUGUUCCUGCAUCUGAGAGCCGCCAUCGCCAUGCUGGACCAGGGCUGCCGGGAGAUCCUCUCCACGUCCGGCCCUUUCACUGUGCUGGUGCCGUCCUCCUUCACCUCCAGGAACAUGAACGUGUCCCUUGCCCAGCAGCUCUGCAGACAGCACAUCAUCGCAGGGCAGCACGUGCUGGAGGCGCCAAGGGUCAAGCAGACACACAGGUGGUGGACGCUGGCCGGGCAGCUGAUCACCGUCACCUUCGAUCACCUCAUGUACACCUACAAGUAUGAAGACCAGCCCCAGCAGCCAGUCACCAUCCAGAGGACCAACUACCCAGCAGCCAAUGGCGUCUUCCACGUGGUCAGAACCCUGCAGUGGCAGCCCGGCCCAGGCUUCCCUGGGGACCCCAAGAGAACAAUCAGCCAGAUUCUGGCCUCCACCGAGGCCUUCAGCCGCUUUGAAACCAUCCUGGAGAACUGCGGGCUGCCCUCCAUCCUGGAUGGGCCUGGACCCUUCACGGUCUUUGUCCCAAGCAAUGAGGCUGUGGACAGCCUGCGUGACGGCCGCCUCAUCUACCUCUUCACCACAGGUCUCUCCAAACUGCAGGAACUGGUGAGGUACCACAUCUCCAACCACGGCCAGCUGACUGUCGAGAAGCUCAUCUCCAAGGGCCGGGUCCUCACCAUGGCAAACCAGGUCCUGGCUGUGAAUAUCUCCGAGGAGGGGCGCAUCCUGCUGGGGCCUCGGGGGGUCCCGCUGCGGAGGGUGGACGUGCUGGCUUCCAACGGAGUGAUCCACAUGCUGGAAGGCGUCCUGCUGCCCCCGACCACCCUGCCCAUCCUGCCCAAGCACUGCAGCGAGCAGCAGCACAAGGUCGUGGCAGGCUCUUGCGUGGACUGCCAAGCCCUGAACACCAGCAUGUGCCCCCCCAACAGUGUGCAGCUGGACAUCUUCCCCGGGGAGUGCGUCUACAUCCACGACCCUACUGGGCUCAACGUUCUCAAGAAGGGCUGCGCCCGCUACUGCAACCAGACCAUCACGAAACCUGGCUGCUGCAAAGGGUUUUUUGGACCCGACUGUGCACAGUGUCCCGGAGGCUUCUCCAACCCCUGCUAUGGCAAAGGCAACUGCAGCGAUGGGAUCCAGGGCAACGGGGCCUGCCUCUGUUUCCCAGACUACAAAGGCAUCGCCUGCCACAUCUGCUCCAACCCAAACAAGCACGGAGACCAGUGCCAGGAAGAUUGUGGCUGCAUCCACGGUCUGUGUGACAACCGUCCAGGCAGUGGGGGUGUGUGCCAGCAGGGCACAUGUGCCCCCGGCUUCAGCGGCCGCUUCUGCAACGAGUCCAUGGGGGACUGUGGGUCCACAGGCCUGGCCCAGGUCUGCCACCAGCAUGCCCACUGCGUUAGCCAGGGCGAUGUCAACAGGUGUCUCUGCCUCGAUGGCUUUGAGGGUGACGGCUUCUCCUGCACACCCAGCAACCCCUGCUCCCGCCCAGACCGCGGCGGCUGCUCGGAGAACGCUGAGUGUGUCCCUGGGGACCUGGGCACACACCGCUGCACGUGUCACAAAGGCUGGAGCGGGGACGGCCGCGUCUGUGUGGCCAUCGACGAGUGUGAGCUGGACGCAAGAGGUGGCUGCCAUGUUGACGCCCUCUGCAGCUACGUGGGCCCUGGGCAGAGCCAGUGCACCUGCAAGCUGGGCUUCGCCGGGGACGGCUACAUGUGCAGCCCCAUCGACCCCUGCCGGGCAGGCAAUGGUGGCUGCCACGACCUGGCCACCUGCCGGGCAGUGGGAGGAGGUCAGCGGGUCUGCACGUGCCCCCCUGGCUUUGGGGGCGACGGCUUCAGCUGCUAUGGAGACAUCUUCCGGGAACUGGAGGCAAAGGCCCACUUCUCCAUCUUCUACCAGUGGGUCAAGAGUGCCGGCCUCACCCUCCCCGCCAACAGCAGUGUCACAGCCCUGGUGCCCUCUGAGUCGGCCAUCCGCAGCCUGAGCCCCAAGGACCGCGCCUUCUGGCUGCAGCCAAGGAUGCUGCCACACCUGGUCAGGGCCCAUUUUCUCCAGGGUGCCCUCUCCGAGGAGAAGCUGGCCCAGUUGGGAGGGCAGGAUGUGGCCACCCUGAGCCACACCACCCACUGGGAGAUCCGCAACGUUAGUGGGAGGGUCUGGGUGCAGAACGCCAGCGUGGACGUGGCUGACCUCCUGGCCACCAAUGGCCUCCUGCACGUCCUCAGCCAGGUCUUGCUGCCUCCACGAGGGGAUGAGCUGGGGGGGCAGGGGUUACUGCAGCAGCUGGACUCAGUGCCUGCCUUCAGCCUCUUCCGGGAGCUGCUGCAGCACCACAGGCUGGUGCCCCAGAUUGAGGCCGCCACUGCCUACACCAUCUUCGUGCCCACGAACCGCUCGCUGGAGGCCCAGGGCAACGGCAGCAGCCUGGACGCAGACACAGUGCGACACCACGUGGUCCUGGGGGAGGCGCUCUCCAAGGAAGCUCUGCGGAGAGGGGGACACCGCAACUCCCUCCUGGGCCCUGCCCACUGGCUGGUCUUCUACAACCACAGCGGCCAGCCUGAGGUGAACCACGUGCCACUGGAGGGCCCUGUGCUGGAAGCCCCAGGCCGCUCACUGUUUGGCCUGUCGGGGGUCUUGACGGUGGGCUCAAGCCGCUGCCUACGCAGUCAUGCGGAGGCCCUGAGGGAGAAAUGCAUCAAUUGCACCCGGAAACUCCGCUGUGCUCAGGGUUACCAGCUGCAGAAUACCCCCAAGAAAAGCUGUGUCUACCUUUCUGGUUCCUCCUUCUCCCGGGGCUGUUCUUACACGUGUGCCAAGAAGAUUGAGGUGCCUGACUGCUGUCCUGGCUUCUUCGGCACAUUGUGUGAGCCUUGCCCGGGGGGUGUGGGUGGUGUGUGCUCGGGCCACGGGCAGUGCCAGGACAGAUUCCUGGGCAGUGGGGAGUGCCGUUGCCACGAGGGCUUCCAUGGAACGGCCUGUGAGAUGUGCGAGCUGGGCCGCUACGGGCCCGACUGUGCUGGAGUGUGUAACUGUGCCCAUGGGCUGUGCCAGGAGGGACUUCGAGGGGACGGAAGUUGUGUCUGUAACGUGGGCUGGCAGGGCCUCCGCUGUGACCAGAAUAUCACCGGUCCUCAGUGUCCAAAGAAAUGUGACCCCAAUGCCAACUGCGCACAGGACUCAGCUGGAGCCCCCGCCUGCGUCUGUGCCGCGGGAUACUCGGGCGACGGCAUCCACUGUUCAGAGGUGGACCCCUGUGCUCAUGCCCAUGGGGGCUGCUCCUCGCACGCCAACUGCACCAAGGUGGCCCCUGGGCAGCGGAUAUGCACCUGCAAGGAAGGCUACACGGGUGAUGGGGAGCUGUGCCAGGCAUCUCCUACCCCAGAAGUUAACCGCUGUCUCAUCCACCACGGGGGUUGUCAUAUUCACGCCGAGUGCAUCCCCGCGGGACCCCAGCAGGUCUCCUGCAGCUGCCGCGAGGGUUACAGUGGCGAUGGUGUCCGCACCUGUGAGCUCCUGGACCCCUGUUCCCAGGACAAUGGAGGCUGCAGCCCCUAUGCCAUGUGCAAAAGCACGGGGGAUGGCCAGAGGACAUGCACCUGUGACCCAGCCCACACUGUGGGUGAUGGCUUCACCUGCCGUGCCCGAGUUGGCCUGGAGCUCCUCCGGGACAGGCAGGCCUCAUUCUUCAGCCUCUACCUGCUGGAGUACAAGGAGCUCAAGAGCGAUGGGCCUUUCACAAUCUUUGUGCCACAAGCGGAUCUGAUGGCCAACCUGUCACAGGAUGAGCUGGUCCGGAUUCGCGCACACCGCCAGCUGGUGUUCCGCUACCACGUGAUCAGCUGCCGCCAGCUGCGGAGCCAGGAGCUGCUGGACUUGGGGUACGCCACGGCGCUCUCCGGACACCCGCUGCGCUUCAGCGAGAGGGAGGGCAGCAUCUACCUCAAUGAUUUUGCGCGCGUCGUGAGCAGUGACCACGAGGCGGUGAACGGUGUCCUGCACUUCAUCGACCGUGUCCUGCUGCCGCCCGAUGCGCUCCACUGGCAGCCUGACGCCGCCCCGACUCCGCGGAGAAAUGUGACCGCCGCCGCUGAGAGCUUCGGUUACAAGAUCUUCAGCGGCCUCAUGAAGACGGCCGGUCUCCUGCCCUUGCUUCGAGAUGCGUCCCAUAGGCCCCUCACGAUGCUGUGGCCCACAGACUCUGCCCUGCAAGCCCUGCCCCCCGAGCGCCAGAACUGGCUGUACCACGAGGCCCACCGUGACAAGCUGGCGGCCAUUCUGAGAGGCCACGUGAUCCGCAACAUCGAGGCCUUGGCAUCCGACCUGCCCAACCUGGGCCUGCUGCGCACCAUGCAUGGGACCCCCAUCUCCUUCUCCUGCAGCCGGGUCCGGCCUGGUGAGCUCAUGGUGGGUGAGGACGACGCACACAUUGUGCAGCGUUACCUGCCCUUUGAGGGUGGACUGGCCUACGGCAUUGACCAGCUGUUGGAGCCGCCGGGCCUUGGUGCCCGCUGUGACCGCUUUGAGACCUGGCCACUGCGGCAGAGGACCUGCGGCAUCUGUGGGCUGGAGCCGCCCUGUCCUGAGGGCUCACAGGAGCAGGGCAGCCCCGAGGUCUGCUGGCCCUACUACUCAAGGUUCUGGACAUCCCCUUCACUGCGCUACACAGGACUGCGCAGCUGGGCCCGGCCCAGCCUCUGGAGUCAGCCCCAGAGCCUGGGCAGGGGCUGCCGCCGCAACUGUGUUACUACCAGCUGGAAGGCCAGCUGUUGCCCCGGGCACUAUGGCAGUGAGUGCCAAGCAUGCCCUGGGGGCCCCAGCAGCCCCUGUAGUGACCAUGGCUUGUGCCUGGAUGGUAUGAGCGGCAGUGGGCAGUGUAAAUGCCACUUGGGUUUCACCGGGACAGCGUGUGAGCUCUGCAGCCCUGGUGCCUUUGGGCCCCAUUGCCAAGCCUGCCACUGCACCCCCCAUGGCCGCUGUGAUGACGGCCUUGGGGGCUCGGGCUCCUGCUUCUGUGAUGAGGGCUGGACCGGGCCACGCUGUGAAGUACAGCUGGAGCUGCAGCCUGUGUGUGUCCCAUCCUGCGCACCCCAGGCCAUGUGCCGUGCAGGCAACAGCUGUGAGUGCAGUCUGGGCUAUGAAGGGGAUGGCUACGUGUGUACAGGUAAGCAGGUGGGUGAGGACAAGUUCGGUGGGCCCCCAUUCCCAUCCUGUCACCUGCUCCAACCACUCCUGCCCCCAGUGGCAGACCUGUGCCGGGAUGGGCAUGGCAGCUGCAGCAAGCAUGCCAACUGCAGCCAAGUAGGCACAGUGGUCACUUGUGCCUGCCUGCCGGACUACGAGGGUGAUGGCUGGAGCUGCCAGGCCCGUAACCCCUGUGCCGACAGCCACCGUGGGGGCUGCAGCGAGCAUGCCGACUGCCUCAACACUGGCCCGAAUGCCCGGCGCUGUGCGUGCCAUGCUGGCUAUGUGGGCGAUGGGCUGCAGUGCCUGGAGGAGCCCAAGCCACCCGUGGACCGCUGCCUGGGCCAGCCACCACCCUGCCAUGCAGACGCCAUGUGUACUGACCUGCACUUCCAGGAGAAACAGGCUGGUGUCUUCCACCUCCAGGCCACCAGCGGCCCUUACGGCCUCAACUUCUCAGAGGCUGAGGCAGUGUGUGGGGCCCAGGGAGCCGUCCUGGCCUCCCUCCCUCAGCUCUCGGCUGCCCAGCAGCUGGGCUUCCACCUGUGUCUUGUGGGCUGGCUGGCCAAUGGCACGGCUGCCCACCCCGUCGUUUUCCCUGCGGCAGACUGUGGUGAUGGCCAAGUGGGCAUAGUCAGCCUGGGUGCCCGGCGGAACCUCUCAGAGCACUGGGACGCCUACUGCUACCGCACACAAGAUGUGGCCUGCCGAUGCCGCAAUGGCUUUGUGGGCGAUGGGACUAGUGUGUGCAAUGGGAAGUUGCUUGAUGUGCUGGCUGCCACUGCCAACUUCUCCACCUUCUAUGGGAUGCUUCUGGGCUAUGCCAAUUCCACCCAGCGGGGUCUCGACUUCCUGGACUUCCUGGAUGAUGAGCUCACCUACAAGACACUCUUCGUCCCUGUCAACGAAGGCUUUGUGGAUAACAUGACACUGAGUGGCCCUGACCUGGAGCUGCACGCCUCCAAUGCCACCUUCCUGAGUGCCAAUGCCAGCCAGGGUUCCUUGCUCCUUACUCAUUCAGGCCUCAGCCUCGUUGUCAGUGCUGUGAGCCCUGACAACACUUCUUGGAUCCCUGGGGUGAGUCCAACCACCGCACCUCACCUGCUGGCCCCAGUCCUCACUUACCUGCCAGGCCUGACUCUAGUAUCCUCACAGGCCCCUGGGGCAGUUGUGGUUAGCAGUGUCAUUGAGUGGGACAUCAUGGCAUUUAAUGGCAUCAUCCAUGCCCUAGGCAGCCCUCUCCUGGCACCUCCACAGCCGCGGGCGGUGUUGGCACCUGAGGUUCCCCCCGUGGCAGCAGGAGUGGGAGCUGUGGUAGCUGCUGGAGCACUGCUUGGCCUGGUGGCUGGAGCCUUCUACCUCCGUGCCCGAGGCAAGGCUACGGGCUUUGGCUUCUCUGCCUUCCAGGCAGAAGAUGAUGCUGAUGAUGACUUCUCCCCUUGGCAGGAAGGGACCAGCCCAGCCCUGGUCUCCAUCCCCAAUCCUGUCUUUGGCAGCCAGGAUACUUUCUGUGAGCCCUUUGACGAUCCGCUCUUGGAGGAGGAAUUCCCCGACACUCAGAGGAUCCUCGCAGUCAAGUGACACAGCAGGGCUGAGGAAUGUGCAGGAAGGAGAGGCCUUUAUUGCUCAUCUGGACACAGGCCCAGGGUGGCUGGGGCCUGUCCCGGACAAUAAAGGUACCCUCAGCGGAUAUGAGCCAUGUCGCCGAGGAAGGGUGUCUUCA